AUGGUUCGCAACUCAGUAACCACCACGGACUCCGACGACGAUGACACCACCUCCGCGUUUUCCGCCGCUGUCCAUUCGAUCCGCGACCGAUUUCCCUUUAAACGGAACCCGGUUAAUCAUAAUCACAAUGAAUCUAACAACAACAGCAUCGCCUCCAUUUCACGCUUGACAUCCAAAACGUUGCCGUAUUCACACAAGCCCUCCCGAUCUCACCACCAUAGGCCCCUAGCUCGAAAGCUCGAAUUGUUCUUCUUUGAAAGGAAAUCGCGGUUGUUAUGCAUUAUUUUAGUCAUUUUUUUAUUCGCGAUAGCGACGAUGGUUUUACAGAGCUCGAUGAUGUCGGUGUUGCGACAGGGAGUGACUAGCGAGACAAUGCGUUGGCGGUGGUCGGUUAAGGAGGACCUGAAAUUGGGUAGCUCGCUGGAGUUCGUUCCACGGCCGAGGUUUCAUCUUAAUGGAAGCCGGCUCCAUUGGCUCCGCAACCAGCUGAGGAUUGGCAUUCGGCAUCCGAGGAUUGGACUUAUCUUAGGAAACAUGAAGAAAGAUCCAUCAACAUUGAUGAUGUAUACAUUGAUGAAGAAUUUGAAGGGCAUUGGUUAUCUGCUUAAGAUAUAUGCAAUAGAGGAUGGCAAUGCAAGGCCAAUAUGGGAGGAAAUUGGAGGCCAAGUCUCAAUUUUAAGCCCUGAAAGAUAUGGUUAUAUUGAUUGGUCAAUUUUUGAAGGUAUUAUUGCAGACUCUCUAGAAGUAAAGGAUGCCAUCUCAAGCCUUAUGCAGGAGCCAUUUUGCUCUGUGCCGCUCAUAUGGAUCAUUCAAGAAGAUACACUUGCAAAUCGCCUUCCAUUGUAUAAAAGCAGGGGCUGGGACUUUCUUAUUUCUAAUUGGACAAAUGCUUUUCAUAGGGCUGAUGUUGUUGUGUUUCCAGAUUUUUCUUUGCCGAUGCUAUAUAGCGCGCUUGACACUGGAAACUUCUAUGUGAUUCCUGGAUCGCCAGUAGAUGUUUAUACUGCAGAAAGCUACAGUGCGUCCCACUAUAAAUUUCAGCUGCGGGAGGAAAAUGGUUUUGAUAAAGAUGUCAUGCUAGUUCUGGUUAUUGGAAGUUCUUUCUUCUACAAUGAGUUAGUUUUGGAUUAUUCAGUGUCAAUGCAUGAUAUAGAACCUCUGCUCAUCGAAUAUGCGGGGUUAAAAGAUGUUGGAGAGACAUUUAAAUUUGUCUUCCUUUGUGGAAAUUCCAGCAGUGGCUAUAAUGAUGCUUUACAGGAUCUUGCUACUCGUUUGGGACUUCCUCAUGGGUCUCUGAGACAUUACGGCAUUGAUAAUGAUGUCAAUGGUCUGAUUCUGAUGGCUGACAUCAUCCUCUAUGGUUCCUCCCAAGAUGAGCAAGGGUUUCCUCCAUUGCUGACAAGAGCCAUGUCUUUUGGGGUUCCUGUUGUUGCACCUGAUUAUCCUGUAAUAAAGAAAUACGUUGUUGAUGGUGUUCAUGGGAUAAUUUUUCAAAAACAUGAUGCCAGGGCAUUGUUGAAUGCCUUCUCUACUCUGAUAUACAAGGGAAAAUUAUCUGAUGAUGCACAGUCUAUUGCUUUAUCUGGAAAGUCACUUGUCAAGAACAUGUUGGCAGCAGAGUGCAUUACUGGUUAUGCAAGGCUACUGGAGAAUGCCUUUAAUUUUCCAUCUGAUGUUCUUCUGCCAGUUCAUAUUUCAGAGCUUAAGCAGGCUUCAUGGGAAUGGAGUCUUUUUAAGAAUGAAAUAGAGCAGAAAUCUAGUAAUACUGAAUAUCUAUCUUCUGGGGUAAUUUCCAGUAUUGUUGAUGACCUUGAGGAAGAAAUGAGCAACCUGGUUCCAAUAAAGAACAUCUCUGGGAAUGACAUCGAAGAUUUGGAAGAGGAUAUCCCUACUGUUUUAGAUUGGGAUAUUUUGAGGGAAAUAGAAAGCUCUGAGGAAGUGGAGAGGCUAGAAACGCAGGAGAUUGAGGAAAGAAUGGAGAAAGACAUUGGUGUGUGGGAUGAGAUAUAUCGUACUGCUCGUAAAGCGGAAAAGCUUAAAUUUGAAAUGAAUGAGAGGGAUGAAGGUGAGCUAGAAAGAACGGGGCAGCCAGUAUGUAUUUAUGAGAUUUACAAUGGAGCUGGGGGUUGGCCAUUUCUACACCAUGGUUCUUUAUACCGUGGGCUAAGUCUCUUGACUAGAUCUCGGAGAAUGAGGUCAGAUGAUGUGGAUGCAGUUGGUCGGCUGCCUAUCCUGAAUGAUACAUAUUAUCGUGAUAUCCUCUGUGAGACUGGAGGAAUGUUUGCACUUGCUAAUGGGGUUGAUAACAUUCACAAGCGUCCCUGGAUAGGAUUUCAGUCAUGGCGUGCUGCUGGGAGGAAGGUAUCUUUAUCUAAAAAAGCAGAACAGGUUUUAGAACAAGCAAUGCAAGAAAAAACUGUAGGGGAUGUAGUAUACUUUUGGGCUCGCACAGACAUGGAUGGCGGCCAUGUCGAAAGCAAUGAUCUGCUUACUUUUUGGUCCAUGUGUGAUAUUAUGAAUGGCGGGAAGUGCCGAACUGCCUUUGAAAAUGCAUUCCGCUUAAUGUAUGCUUUGCCGUCAAAUAUAGAAGCUCUUCCACCCAUGCCUGAAGAUGGCGGACAUUGGUCAGCUCUACACAGCUGGGUGAUGCCAACUCCUUCCUUUCUGGAGUUUGUUAUGUUUUCAAGGAUGUUUGUUGAUUCUCUCAAUUGUUUGCACGUGAAUUCGAGUACAACAUCUGAUUGUUUGCUGGGGUUUACAUCAAUCGAGAAGCAGCAUUGUUACUGUCGGCUUCUGGAACUCCUAGUCAACGUUUGGGCUUAUCAUAGUGCACGGAAGAUGGUUUAUAUUGAUCCUCAGUCAGGUUUGUUGGAAGAGCAACACCCAAUUGAACAGCGAAAAGGAUUUAUGUGGGCGAAGUACUUCAAUAUUACGUUAUUGAAAAGUAUGGAUGAAGACCUUGCAGAGGCUGCAGAUGAUAACGACCAUCCAUAUGAAACGUGGUUAUGGCCAUUGACGGGGGAAGUUUACUGGCAGGGAAUAUACGAGAGGGAGAGGGAAGAAAGAUACAGGCUAAAGAUGGACAAGAAGAGGAAAACAAAAGAGAAACUAUUUGAAAGGCAGAAGUACGGGUAUAAACAGAAAACCCUUGGAGGAUAG